GAGUUGUCCUCUUAUAUGGCCAUUGCAAUGUUUUUCGGGCUCAUUUUUAUGAUCAGCAUUGGGCUGUGUGCCACAGAAGGUAAUCAGCGUCUUCGUGGAAAAUCUCUGAACUUUGAAAGGCAAACAUAUACUAGUUAUGCUAUCUUACAUCCUAAAAAGCCUUUAAACCUGAAUGCCUUCACACUUUGCCUCCGGCUAUCCGCUGAGUUCCCAGGUGGUCGUGACAUGAUUCUGUUCUCCUACUUUGGUAAUGGAGCUGAUCAGCUGAAUCUAUGGAGAGAGAAGGAUGGCCGUUUCUCAUUAUACCUUGCAAGCAGUAAAGAGGGUGUUUUCUUUUCUUUACCCCAGAUCAGCACAUUUGGCACCGAACUUUGUAUAACAUGGGAGUCUUCAUCUGGUACCACUGCCUUCUGGGUUGAUGGUAAAAUGACAGUAAGAAAAACAUAUCGGCAAAAACACCGAGUGCGUCCAGGUGGGACUGUAAUUCUCGGGCAAGAUCAGGAUUCUCAAGGGGGACGUUUUGAUUCUUCCCAAAGCUUUGUGGGUGAAAUCACUGAUGUCAACCUGUGGGAUUAUGUUCUGCCAUGUGAAUCCAUCAGUGGAACAUUUGCUAUGGCUGGGAAUGUUAUCGACUGGAGGUCAGUUACAUACAAAAUUGUAGGAGACGUAAAGAUUUACAAAAAUUAUGGAAUGUAUGUAGAAAAGCAAUUACAGCCGAAUGCUGGAGUCGACUCUGACAUGCAUGCAGAGUGAGGCCUUUAUUCUAGAGCGCAUUCAAUUUAAAAAAAACCCCAAUGUUUUACCUGUAAAGCUUCAGCUUUUGUUGAAUUAUAUCUCCUACUUCCAGCAUUUCACUCACAGCUUCAACACCACCUGUGGACCCACUAGUUCACAUUGCUAAUGUAUAUUCUGAAAACACCUAUCAAUAAUACAGGGGUACCCAGAUUUAAUUAUGUGAUGUGGUCUCCUUUUAGUGAUGCUGUCCAAUCAAGAUUUCCCUUUUCAAUGACAGGAUUCUAUUAUAAUGCCAUGGAAAAUAUUGUUUAAAUCUACAGAUUUACAUUCAAUUAGAUAAAAAUACCAUUAUCAUCCAUGUUUCUACCUCUAGUAUUCCCAUUAUGGAGGAGACCCAAUGUUUGCCCUCGCCUACAAUAAAACCAGCAUUGCUCACAGGCUUGUUUAAUCAUGUUGAUAGAUAUUUCCUUUCUUUGUAACAAUCCAGUCAUGAUUGCUCUAUCUUGCUCUAUUAAUGUGUCAGAUCACACUUGCUGUACUACACAAUAAAUAAAGCUCAUUUGCAUUGAAA